AAAUCAAUCACUCAUCAAACCCUAAUUACCAACGACCGUAAAUCUGCCAGAUUCGAUCUUACCGUAGAACAGCCUGCACAGAAAUUCCUUCCAACAGAGCAUUACAAUCUGGCGAGGAAUUAAGGAAAUUUGCCAUUUCGAAAAAUCAGUCAAUACGUUAGUAAUUACUAAAGAGGCUGUUGUUGGAACCAACCCAAACCCUCGUUACCGCUUAUUACCUUCCUCCUCCUUUUUUGCCCCUUUUCAUCGGCACGCGGAUUCACAGAUCACGACCCCAUUGGUUUUUCCGCGGCCAUAAAACGACCGUCGCGGGAGAUCGUUGAAGCAUUCUGCUGGAUAGAGACGCUCGGAUUUGAAAUAGUUUGAUUUCUUCAAUUUGGUUUUCGCGCAUUUGUAGGUUUGCGUUCGGCAAUCGGAAUUUUUUGAUGGCAUCCGCAGCGAUAUUUUCAUCGCUGAGGCGGCGGAGAGCCACCUCGCUGGAGGCGUUCCUCGCGCCGGUGGAUCUGUCAAACGCCGCCGUUUUGGAGGCUCUGCACGCAAUUUCUACGGAGUUGGUGUCGGGGCAGCGCAAAACGACGCCGUUUUUCGAGUGCAGGAAUUCGAGAUCCUUAAUCCGGAAAGUCCAGGUGAUUUCCGUCCUCAUCGAUUCUCUUCGAUAUUUGGGGGAAUCGAAGAUUAGCUUUACUGCGAAUUCGUGCUUGAAGGAGUUGUACCUCCUGCUUUACCGGUCGAAAAUCCUGAUCGAUUAUGUGAAAGGGUCGAGUAAGCUGUGGCUUCUGCUACAGAACCCGUCGAUUUCGGGUCAUUUCCAUGAUAUAAAUCAGGAAAUAUCGACCUUGUUGGAUGUUUUCCCUUUUGAUGAAAUUAAUUUGUCUGAUGAUGUCAAGGAGCAAGUUGAAUUGCUCAGGAAACAGUUGAGGAAGCCGAAAUUGUUGGUCGAUAAGCACGACGAUUUUCUGAGGAUGAAGCUUUACUAUUUCUUGAAUGAAUCUGAGAAUGGCAGAAUCCCCGAGCGGAAUGAGCUCUACACAUUUUUCGUGGAGAAAUUGGGGAUUUGCAAUGUGAAGAAUUGCAGGGCAGAGAUUGAGUUCUUGGAGGAGCAGAUUGUGAAUCAUAACAUCGAUGUCGAACCUGCAGCCUCGGUUCUUUAUGGAUUCGUGGCUUUAUUGCGUUACUGUAGGUUCUUGCUGUUUAAAUUUGAGGAUGAAGAUGGAGAAUUGGGGAAGUGGAAAAGGAGGACAUUGAAGAAAGGUUUGAUCACACAGGAGAUUGCAGACAUGUUUACCACAACCCCGAAGGAUUUCUGCUGCCCAAUUUCACUGGAUUUGAUGAAUGAUCCGGUGAUAGUGUCAACAGGGCAGACGUACGACCGUUUAUCAAUCACGCGAUGGAUGGAUGAAGGGCACUAUACUUGCCCCAAGACGGGGCAGAUGCUUACAAACGUGAAGCUGGUACCGAAUCGAGCUCUCAGAAAUUUGAUCCUACAUUGGUGUCUGUCGCGAGGGAUUCCGUAUGAUCCACCAGAGAAUGCAGAUUAUGCUUCCGAAAGUGCAGUUGCUGCUCAGCCGAGCAAGGGUGCGGUCGAGGCUACAAAAGCUACGGCAUGUCUGCUUGUCGAGCAACUGGAAAAUGGGUCAGAGAGGGCGAAGACAGUGGCUGCAAGGGAGAUCAGAUUGUUGGCAAAGACAGGGAGAAGGAAUCGGGCCUGCAUUGCGGAGGCGGGAGCUAUACCUCUUCUUGAAAGGCUACUUUUGUCUCCGGAUGCUUACGCGCAGGAGAAUUCGGUGACGGCCUUGUUGAACUUGUCAAUUUACGACAAGAAUAAAAGGAGAAUCAUGGAUGUAGAAGGGUGUUUGUGCUCGAUCGUUGGUGUUUUGAGGAGCGGGCACACCACUGAGGCUCGGGAGAAUGCAGCGGCUACAUUGUUCAGUCUGUCGGCAGUUCAUGACUACAAGAAACAGAUAGCCCAAGAAGAUGGAGCCAUUGAAGCUCUAGCUGCGCUGUUGAGAGACGGAACUCCCAGAGGGAAAAAGGACGCCGUAACAGCUUUAUUCAAUCUAUCCACGCACACGGAAAAUUGUGCAAGGAUGAUCGAGUCGGGAGCUAUAGCUGCUCUUGUCGAGUCGCUACAAUGUGAAGGGGUUUCUGAAGAAGCUGCAGGCGCAUUAGCCUUGAUCGUAAGGCAGCCUGUCGGGGCUGAAGCAGUUGGGAAAGAAGAAAUGGCUGUGGCGAGAUUGACUGGGAUGAUGAGAUGCGGCACUCCCCGGGGGAAGGAAAAUGCUGUUGCUGCGCUUCUUGAGCUAUGUAGAAAUGGCGGAGCUGCUGCGACAGAGAGGGUGUUGAAGGCGCCGGCGCUCGCCAGUUUAUUGCAGAGUUUACUCUUUACAGGGACUAAACGAGCUAGGCGAAAAGCAGCGUCGCUUGCUAGAGUCUUCCAGAGGUGCGAGAAUUCUGCUUUGCAUUUUGACGGAUUAGGCGCAGGAUAUGCGUUUGCUGGAAACUCGGCUCGGCCCAAUGAAGCGAGCUUUGCUGGCGACGUUGCAAUGCCGGUCUCCAUUUCAGUACCGGUAUUGUAAUUGUGACUCUUUUUUCUUUUAUGUCUUUAGUUUUGUUUAUUUCAUUCAUCGGUACCAUUUUUUUUUACAUGUGAUAGUUACAACAAUCUUUUUUAUUGGAAUAUAUGAAUACAAGGGGAAGGAGGAGGCUAUAGACAUCAUAUAACAUUGUUCUGUUGAAGAAAUGCCUAAUUUUAGUUUGUGAUCUGUAGCUACUGUGAUGAAUACAUUCUUAUAACCUUAGAAACUAGACAUUGCAUCUUUACAUAGUCUGUAAAACAGAAACAUCAGGAAUCGAAUCGAGCAGAGGUUUUGACAA